AUGUCUGUAGACUUUCUGCCCGUUCGAUGUUCCGGUUGCAACAAAGUCUUUUGCAAAGAUCACUACUGCUACGACUGUCACUCUUGUCCGGCUAUUGGGAGUAUAGAACGCCAAGUUCCAAUAUGCCCUCUCUGUGGCGUCCCCGUUCCUACUGGUCCCCACGAAUCUGCCGACAUAAAGGUUGGCCAGCACAUUGACACCGCAUGUCAAUCUAAACCCGCCCUGGCUCUCAAGGGCAAGGGUCCACAAGCCAACUCUGGCGGUCGACGUAUGUCUGCCGCUGGAAUCGCUGCCAUAAAACGCGCGCUGUGGAAUAAGCCACCCAAUGUAAGUCAUUUUCGAGAUGUAAACACUCUUUUUGUCACCUUUUAA